CGCUGGCUCGGUUGGCAGUUCAGAUGUGUGACGACCUCGGUCGUUCACGGGAGUCGCGUUCGCGUUGGUUUUGUUUGACGGAUCGUGGAGUUGAAACCCCGCUGAGGAUCAGCCGCGCGCUGUGGAUGAUCUGAUUCGCUGCAAGUGCACUGAACAAGUCGAAGCAGACCACGAGGAAGUUCUGAGUGUGUUGUGUGGGAGAAGUUGGUAGUGACCAAGAAUUGUGUGUGCGUGUGGUGUGGGGCCCGUUUGUGGGUCAGCUUUCAUUCAUGGUUUUCUCCUUGGUGGGGAGAAAAGUUCUGAUCGAGUGGAAAUGAAGUUGCUGAUGGCGAAGUGAAACUUGAUCGUUUGGUGUGGAGAAUCUGAAGGAAAUCGGAUUGAUGGUGAAGGGGGAAUGAAUUGCACGGAGGUGACACAGGAUAAAGACGAAGGCAAAUUGGAUUAGCUGAUUGGUUUUUGGAAGUUUUGGAGUGUGCGAGCGCACGCGGCUCAAUAAGCUGCUCCAAAGGGCUCCCGCCAAAACUGUUACCAGCAGCCAGCAAACCCCUUUCAAAAGUGCAAUAUUUACGUGUCGAUUUGCGAAUCCGACUCUCUCAGGAGAUUAAAAAAACCCACCAAUUUCACUCUACAGUGACCACCAGCUAGCGCUCCAUUGUACCGUCAAAACCCGUAUCGAAUUCAAGUUACGUGUCUAAAACCCGUGAAGAGCUCAAGUUCCAGCAAUCCCAAGCACGAAAACAAACCAAUAAGCUGCGGCCCAAAGUGGAAUCGGAAAUCGAGAAUGGUUGUUUGUUUUUCAAAGCUCGUUGAAGGGUUUUCGAAGUGAGUUGCUCGAUCUUUCAAGUGUCUCUGCGUGGAUCGUGGCUUAGAGCAUUCCGGUCAGGUGUGAUCGAAAGUGAAAUUCCCAAUCCCACGCGUGUGGGACCUCCAGAUAAUAGAAGGGUUUGUGUGGUGUGUGGGGUUCGGAAAUAAUCCCUUAAAUUAUAGAUUUGUACGUCCGAAACCGAAAGUGACAGUGCGUGCGUCAUUAAGGUCCCACGACGUCAGAGAAGACGGAGGAAGUGGUCAAUGGGUGCGGAGUGGUGUGGAGUGGUUGAUUAGGAUAGGUUAGGCUCGAGAUUUGCGGGUAAUUGCGGAAGAAACCUUCAGAAGAUGGAAGCCGACGUGCUGAACGCCCUCAACACCCAGACGGCGUACAUUCCGGGUGGGCGGGACCGCGAUGGCCAUCCGUUGAUAGUGAUUCCAGUGCCCUUCUACGACAACCUGCCGUGGAUGAAGGGCUUCCUAGAAACUACUGUGAAGUACCUGCUGGGUGCGCUGAUUGAGGAAACGACGGCCGCCGGAUUUGCGGUCAUUUUGGAUGCGCAAAAGUGCGCCUGGCGAUCGGCGCGGCAGUACAUUCGGCACGUGCAAUCGCUGUUGGGGCCUCACUUGGACAGCUUUCUGGUGAUACGACCGGACGCGUUCUGGGAAAAGAAUCGCGUCGAGAACUGCACCCGCCAGCAUCGGCAGGGAGAGCCGAUUGUGAUCUCCAAAUCACGUCUCGUCAAGCACUUUGACUGGGCCGAGCUGCCGGAGGAGUUGGGUGGGACCGCGGCCUACAACCACGAUCACUGGAUCCAAAAUCGACUGCGCAUUGAGGAAUUUCGAAAAUCCUACGAUAAAGCGAUCGCUGACCUAGAAAACCUGCAGCAGGCCCUGCCCGACCCGUGCCGGCCGGUGGCCAGGGCGAGCGAAUCGGAAGCGUCGCUCAAGUCCUGCCGGGCGCUCAACCAGGACGUCCAGAAGCAGCUCGCGCAGGUUUUGGACGGGGGCAACAAGCUAAUCUCGCACAUCGGCGACCUUCAAAGUACAAAGCCGCUCAUCACGCAGGAUCUGCUGGACAGCCGCGAACAGGUCAAACACAUGCUCAACACGAUCGAAAAGCGGCAAUCCACCAUCAACGGUGCCCUGCUCGAGCUGGAGCGCCAGGUCGAAGAGCUUCGCGAGCUGGCAACCCUGGAGGAGGGCGUCUCGUACGUCACCAGCUGGAUCCUGACGACCGCGGAAACCAUGCUGAACGCCCAGCUCAAGGUCGGCUACGACGUGACCACGGCCGACAAGCUGCGCCUCGAGCACGAGAUCCUGGAGCUGCAGUGCUGGAAGACGUACGGCUUCUACGCGGAGCUGAUCUACAAGAUCGACAACUUUCCAAAGAUGAAGGACUCGGCGGCGUACCAGGACGUGACGUCGCAGCGCGAGUGGAUGGACUUUGUGUGCCGGAGCUUUGCGCAGCGGCUCGAGCGGCGGCGGAACGUGCUGAUCACGUCGGUGCGGUUCUACCGGCUGGUGGCGGAGUACUUUGACCGGACGAGCGAGGUGUUCCAGUCGCUGAUUAUGGGCGACAAGGUGGACGAUUUUGAUCUGGCGAAUGCGAAGCUGCAGAAGCUGAAGGAUAGUCAACAAACUUUGGACACUGUCGAGAAGGAGAUCAUCAAGGAGGGCGAAAAGCUGAGCGACAUCCUGUCGAUGCCGGUCAAGGACGCCGUGGGCCGCGAGGUGGACGUCGACUACAGCGAGGACAUUGCCAACGUGCGGGACAUCCUGGACGCGACCAUCUCGCGGUCGCACAUCUUCGUCGAGAGUGUCGAGCUGCAGAAGCUCACGCUGGACCAGAUCACGCACAUCUACAAGUACGAGACGGACGCGGAGACGGCGCUCCAGUGGAUGGACGACCUGUACAAGGUGAUGAUCCGGUCGCACACGCACGUCGGAACGAACGUGUAUGAGAUCCAGGCACAAAAGGACGAACACCAGACGUUCCAGGAGACGGCGAAGGGAACGUACAACUACGGCUGUCAGCUGCUGAACGCAUCGCUAGCACUGCGACAGUCCUGCAAGCUGGAAACCGAUCGGAACAUCGAGAUGACCCGGCAGCUGCAGCUCACGUGGAAGCAGUUCCAAGCGGUCAGCCAGGAACAGAUGACGCGACUUCGCGUUUCGGCCGUGUUCCACCGAAGUGUCGAGGAACACUGCACCAAGCUGUACGAGCUGAAGGAGAACGUGCUGCGAAUCGGAGAGAUCGAGGAAACCAACCGGCGGAAGGUGCGACUCCGCAAGUGUCUCGCCAGCCGGGAGCGGCUGCUGGUCGAGGUGGGGCGCAUGGUCCGGUUGGGGAGACUGCUGAAAACGAGACUGAAGGAACCGUUCCUGCUGGACGAUCGGGUUGAGACAAUGGCAAGUCCGGAGAACGUGCUGACCGAGUCGGACAAUAUAAUGGCUAGUGAGGCGAUCUCGGCCCGGCUGGCGGAGGUUUCCCGCAUUGCCGAAUCGCUGGACAGCGUCUUGCGGGACGUUCAGGGUGGCUUCGACGACGCUGACGAUGACGAGGUGGCCGGAGUGGUCUCGGGAGGAGCGGAUAGGAAGGAUGGUUGCGGAAAUCACAGUGAUGACUGGAGCUCCAGCGUCAAGUCCACCGAGGACGAAUCCUUUGUCACGGCGUCGGACUGCACGUGCACACCGGGUGCGUCCCGGUCGUCGUCGUAUCACACGGCGUCCGAGUGCCGCGCCUCACCCUGGUGGGGCGGAGAAUCCGCGACCGAACGCAGUUCGCUCGAUGCCGACUCGUCCGAAGACGCCGAUCCGGAGGCACUUCCAUCGAUCAAGCUGCUCUCCGGAGUCGUAAUCACAGCUUCAACGGCGAACCUCUCAUUUGACGAAUCCGAGCACAGCUUCCUCACGCCGACCUCCAACAGUGAGCUGGCCGAUUCCGACGCGGACCAUCCGCCCCGGCUGCCACGACUCCGGUCGGACCAGUCAACCUCGCCGGUCAUCAGUUCGGGCUCCAGCUCCGCGUUGAACUCGAUCAACCGACGCGAGAAUCUAACCCUCGCGUUGACCCCGGAAGAACUCGAACAGAUCGAGAACGACAUCCGGAACAACAACGUGAACCUGCUCGAGCUCCCCGCGUCAUCCGCGGACACCAGCACCCCCAUCAAGCACCACAGCUCGCCGACGGCCAGCGAGGACAGCGGCAACGUAAGUACCAUCAGCAGUUGUCCGGCCGGCAAGCUGCUGGCAACACUGCCACAGUUUGAGGGAACGCCCGCCAUGUUGGUGGUGAAAGAGGGCGCCGCCCAGGAGAUUCGCGGGCUGACGUACUACUAUCAGAACAUUAUCACCAAGCACACGGUCAAGAGUUGUCUGUGACGCGGUUCUGUGUCAAAACGGUGGUUUUGUUUGAAGUUUUUGGCGUCGUAUUAUUUAUAGCUACGGGACGCGAAGUGUCGAACGGCAGUGUGGCAGGAAUCUCAACAAAUUGUUUAUUGUGUUCUCUCAGUAAGUAGAAAAAAAUAUCGUUUUAAGCUUCUGUGUCGUGUUUAGGCAAAUAAGUUUUAACUUUUUUCUUUACGUCUGAUUACUAACAAAUGUGUAAUCUUACUUCAAAAGCAUUACAUUCCAGCAAUAAAAAGAUAGAAAAAAUAAACUAUCAAAAUCAAACUAGUUUAUAGCAUUAGUAACUAGCAUGAAAGUUUUAAGCUAAAUGUUU